AUGGCGAAAAAGUGUGCAUCAGGGAUUAUGGCAGCCCUGGCCACUGCAACUUUUGGGGCUGAUUAUGCUUGUGCAGAUGCACCUUUUAACUUUUCUCCAUUCUCGACUUCUUCUUCGGCUCCGCAGGCUGCUCCUGAGCCGGCGAAGUCACCAAGUGAGCCGGCGGCUCCCGAGCCAACAAAGCCUCGUAAUGAUAAUCCCAGAACCACCUCAUCUGGCUUCGAUCCUGAGGCGUUGGAGAGGGGUGCCAAAGCUUUGAGAGAGAUUAGUCACUCUUCCCAUGCCAAGAAGGUUUUUGAGGUGAUGAAAAAGCAAGAAGAAACAAGGCAGCAAGAAUUAACUGCAAAAGCAGCAGAGUUCAAGGCAAUGCAAGCUCAAGCAGAAACUGAGACAAAAAGGGUAGUAUAUGAUGAGCAGAAAAAACUAGCUCAGCAACAGGCACAAACAAAAUCACAGAUGGCUCGUUAUGAGGAUGAAUUAGCAAGGAAAAGAUUGCAGGCAGAGAAUGAACAUCAAAGGGCAAGAAAUCAAGAACUCGUAAAAAUGCAAGAAGAAUCAGCUAUGAAGCAAGAGGCAGCCAGACGAGCAACGGAGGAGCAAAUUCAAGCACAGCAUCGCCAAACUGAACGCGAGAAGGCUGAGUUAGAGCGUGAAACUAUCAGGGUACGGGCUUUUGCAGAAGCAGAAGGAAGGGCACAUGAAGCAAAACUGGCCGAGGAUGUAAACAGACGAAUGCUAGUAGAGCGUGCAAAUGCAGAGAGAGAGAAAUGGGUUGCUGCUAUUAACACAACUUUUGAUCAUAUUGGAGGGGGUUUGCGGGCAAUUUUAACAGAUCAAAAUAAGCUGAUUGUAGCUGUUGGAGGUGUGACUGCUCUUGCAGCAGGGGUCUACACUACAAGAGAAGGUGCUAGGGUGAUUUGGAGUUAUGUGGACCGAAUAUUAGGACAACCAUCUCUGAUUAGGGAAUCUUCAAGGGGGAAAUACCCGUGGUCGGGCUUGUUUUCACGUUCCAUGAGCACUCGGUCACGUGGUGCUAAUAGUUCUGGCUCCGAAAAUUUGAAUGGGUUUGGUGAUGUUAUUUUACACCCUUCCCUUCAAAAACGAAUUGAACAAUUAGCUAAUGCAACCGCUAAUACCAAAGCUCAUCAGGCACCAUUUAGAAAUAUGCUUUUCUAUGGGCCUCCUGGAACAGGGAAAACGAUGGCUGCUCGGGAGCUUGCACGAAAAUCUGGGCUUGACUAUGCGUUGAUGACUGGAGGAGAUGUAGCACCCCUGGGUUCUCAGGCUGUCACAAAAAUACAUCAAUUGUUUGAUUGGGCCAAAAAGUCAAAAAGGGGUUUGUUGCUUUUCAUUGAUGAAGCAGAUGCAUUUUUAUGCGAGCGGAAUAAAACAUAUAUGAGUGAAGCUCAAAGGAGUGCACUUAAUGCACUCCUAUUUCGCACGGGUGACCAGUCCAAAGAUAUAGUCCUUGCUCUUGCAACAAACCGACCUGGAGAUCUUGAUUCGGCUGUGGCUGAUCGUAUCGAUGAAGUCCUAGAAUUUCCUUUGCCAGGUGAAGAUGAACGAUUUAAGCUGUUGAAGCUCUAUCUUAACAAGUACAUAGCUCAAGCUGGGGAAAGAGAACCAGGCUUGUUCUCACACUUGUUUAAGAAACAGCAGAAACAGAUAGAGGUAAAGGGUUUAAAUGAUGAUAUUCUCAAGGAAGCUGCAACAAAGAUGGAGGGAUUUUCAGGAAGAGAGAUAGCAAAGUUGAUGGCCAGUGUUCAAGCAGCUGUAUACGGGAGUGAGAACUGCAUGUUAGAUCCCAACCUGUUUCGCGAAGUGGUAGAUUAUAAAGUUGCAGAGCAUCAACAAAGAAGGAAACUUGCCGGUCAAUGA